AUGAAGGUCGUUCGGCAACUCAAAUCAUGUCCAACUUUCCAUGUUAGCGAACUUUGUACUCUAUGGCGUUUGAAAUUACUUGAUAGGACAAACGUCCACUGUCAUGUUUUGACAGUACCAGCAAAACACUUUUCUUCAACUCCUAAAAAAGAUAAUCAAAUUAAAAUAUUCACGAUUCCUAAUUUAAUUACAGCUUCGCGGAUCGCACUCACUCCGUUUAUUGUUAAAUCUAUUUUUUGUUGUGACUUGAGUAUGGCUUUAGGUCUUACUGUCGCUGCUGGCGUAACCGAUGCGUUAGAUGGGCUUAUAGCCCGAAAAGUGUCAAACCAGGCUUCGAAUGUUGGAAGUUUCUUGGACCCUCUUGCUGACAAACUACUUGUGACAUCUUUGGUUUUGUCGUUGACAGUGAUGGAUUUCUUCCCCGUCAGCCUUGCUUGUCUCUUUAUUUUCCGUGAUUUAGGAAUAGUUAUCACGGUUUUGUUUUUAGUGUUCCGGAAUUUCGGUACACUUACGCCCAAGAUUUUCACCGAGAAAGUUGGAAUGAAUGCAUCAAAUAUCAGUAAGCUGAAUACUCUUUGUCAAUUAUCAAGUAUCAUACUUAGCAUGACAUAUCCUUUGUAUGGACUCCCUAACUACGAAUACCUAAAAGUUGUAUGGCUUCUAUCAGCUGGAACCACUAUUGGAUCUGGUUUAGGAUAUUUAAAAAGUUUGCCAGAAUGGCGGAAACGGAUGGCUGAAAUCUCCAAAAAUAGAUAG